AUGGCAGGACACCUUGCAGGGAUCCCACCCCGUAUGAUGAUGUAUCCUUAUGCUGGUAUGCCUGGAUUGCCAGGAGGGAUGUACCACAUGAGACCUGGGAUGGGGACCAGCGCAGUCCAGGCCAUGGUACCGUUUCCCGGUGGUAUGUCCAGUUUUCCUCAGACCACUACGCUGCCAGGUUCGGUCUCAGCCACCUCUGCGGUCUCUAGGGGAGUUCCAGGAGUUGUCCAGAGCACUGCCCAGUCCAGCCCAGUGACCACAUCAGCCAGUCCAGGGGCAUUCCACACCACUAACUCAGCAACCAUACCACGGGUGUCAGCACAGGAGAGUGGAAUCACUACAGACCCUGUGGGUUCCACAGACAAGAAGCUAGACAUUCCCUCCUCUCUGGCCGAUAGCAUGAGAUUAUCUCCCAUAACUCCAACAAGCGCUGAUGCUGCUCUGCCUCUGUAUCCCACAGUGCUGCCACAUAUAGUUGCAGAGGAGGAGGAGGCGGCUGUCACUGUUAACAAGGUGUCCUUGUGCAGUGCUCCCCCUGAAGUGCCAAUAACAGUAGAGAAAUACACCAGUCGCAAAACUGCUGAAACUUCUAGCUUUUCUCCAACCUUGACACCAGCCAAAGUCCAAAGUGUAGAGCAUCAUCAAAACACAGAUCAAAACCGCAGUGAAGGCCAGACGCCCAUCCAGGUGCCGUUGAAGGGUGACUGCAGCACUGCCCCAACCACUACUGCCACUGAUCCAGCCACAUCUAGCAGUCCAGUGAAGGCCUUCCCCAAGUCCAUGCAGUCUCACCCAGCCUACAGACAGGGGUAUGCCAUAGCCAGUGCUAUAGCCAGUAAGAACCCAGAGUUGUUUCGUAUGAUGCAACCUGGUAUGAUGAACUCCCGAAUGGCUUACAGCCAGGCUCUGGCAGCCAUGUCUCAGGGCCAAGUGCCAGAACCCCCAGGGAAUAGCACGGUCCCCCCUGGGAAUAGCACUCACCCACAGGUGAGUGGGAACAGUGGCCCCCCAGGUGUAAACCAGCAAGUGCCUGGUUCCUCGGAGAUGAUGGUUUCACAAGGAUGCAGCACUCCCAUGCCACAGCCCCACCCAGGGAUGAUAAUGGAGCACCACCAUUCUGGCGCCCGGUACCUGCAGCCUUACCCGGUCUCCACCUCAGGCAGUAGUACUGUGGUCUAUUCACAGGUGGCACCACCUUACAUGCACCAGUUUCAGGGGUUUCACCCUGGCUAUUAUCCCUUCCACCAGUUUAUGGGGAACUCACAAGGGGAAAGCCAGCCUAAACCAAAGAAAAGGAGGACAAGAAGGAAAAAAGAAGUGGAAUUGAAAGGGAGCAGCAAAUCUCACAAUGUGGAGGGAGAGGAUACUGAUGAUGCCCCAGAAACUUUAGAAAUGGUGCAAAAUGAAACCCUUACCUUUCCAGAGCACAGAAAAGUGGACAACACAAGUGACAUACAAACAUCUCCCGUCAAAGUGGAAAUUAAGGAGGAGAUCACAAAGUCAAGCCCUCUUAGAAAUGAUGUCCCCAAAGAUAAAGCUAGUUCAUGUUCUAUAGCAGAAUCCAAGCUGGAUCAGGAGCAGAACUGUAGUGAAAUAUCUAAGUCAGCAAGUAACUCUAUAACAACAGAAGGAUCUCCAAUAAAAAUGGAAAACAAAGAGAUGCAGGAUGUUUCUGAUUAUUUGACUAGGGAUGUAGAAAUUAAAAAAACAAACAGAUGUGAUUUUUCUUGUCAGACAGACCCCAUCCUGCAUACUAAAAAUAAAAUAAGUUCAAAAACAGGACAUGUGCAAAUAGAGGAAAAUGCUGCACACAUUUUAAUGAGCAGCGGAAAGGAUAUCCCUGUUGAAGAAUCUUCUUCUGGAAGGAAAGAGGUCAGACAACAGGAUAGCAGGCUCAACGCAAAGUGUGUAGUUGAACUCAAGCCACUUUUCACCUCUGCAGGAGGCUUCUCUGCUUCAAAUGGUGAAACAUUCAAUUUAAAGACAUAUUCAGGUGUGAAAAGUUCACAUAUUCCUAAUACAGGGGCGUCUCAUAGUAACUCAGUUGAAGAUAAUGAAAAAUCCACUGGCCUAGACCAAGAAGACAUGCCACAGGCUGACCCAACAAGUGAUGCAUGUUAUGACGAGAGUUUAAAGCAGACGAUAGAUGAUUCAGAGGCUCCUCUGUUGGAGAAAGAAAACUGUAAAGAAUUGAACGUACCCGCCUAUGAACCCACUGCUGAUCGUACGCGAUCCCCCAGCCCUCCCGUCAUUGACAAAUUCUGUGAUACGCCAGUGAAAGAUUUCAAACAUGGCCCUUUUGAUCGUGUUUCCGAUACCUCUGCCUCCGCCAGCCUGUUGUUUCUCGAGGAGCAACCUGUACUGGAUAUGAGGAGGGAAAGUGCAGAGGUGUUGUCCACAAAGGGUGUUCCUGAUACUGGAGAUGUGUUAAGUGUUAGACCGCACUGUGUUACACCAACGGGGAUUGAGAGAGGAUCGGCGUCGUCACCUCCAGAGGAUAUCCGUCACACUGGCGAUGUGAGGGCCCAGGAGGAAGACAACAGUGCUAAGGCUUCAGUUUUCCUUCAAAAAUUUAAAGCCAUGUAUGAUGGACACAGUAGAACUAUAAACUCACCAAACCGUAAACAAGUAAACAAAAACUUACCGAGUUUGGCGCCUGCCUCGGAUCUGUUAUCGUCCACAGAAACUUUACACUCUGGGAAGUCUGAUGAAAAAUGCCAUGACAAAAAUGCCUCUAAAUUCUUAAGUGGGUUAAAAGAUAUUGUGCACAAAAUUAACUUCGGUACCAAAAGAGCUAAAACUUCUGUUCAUCAGGUCAGUCAAGACGAUAGUGUUGUUGGGAAUACUAGGAAAAUUGAACACAAACAAGAUGAAUAUUUAUCAGAUUAA